AUGGAUGAAAUAAGACAAGAUAAUAAACGUGAAUUGCCUUCCCAGACCCCUUAUAUUGACGAGGAUGCUGGGAAGGUCAUUGCGCUCGACGACAGUGAGGUCGAGCAGUUCUACGGCUCGUCUACCACCCAAGCAUAUCGUCUCAAAUCUGAGUUGAUUGGGAAAUGUAUGGAAGAGAUUGGAAUGGGAAAAAGCAGGUUUCAAUGGAAAUUGUUUGUUGUCACUGGGUUUGGAUGGAUUGUGGACAAUUUUGCAUCCCAAGGCAUCGGCAGUGUCCAACCUCCCAUCGAGCAAGAAUUCUCCGAUAUUGUUCAAGUGAGCUAUAGUUCAGUUGCAUAUUAUGUCGGGCUUAUUUUGGGGGCCUCCUUCUGGGGCAUCUCCAGCGAUCUGGUUGGUCGUCGGCCUGCAUUCAACUGUACGCUCCUGAUCGCAGGCAUAUUCCUCUGCGCCGCUGCAGGGUCUACGAACUUUGUAGCUUUUAGUGCUCUCUGGGCUGUCAUUGGUACCGCAGCUGGCGGAAACGUUCCUGUGGACUCGAUGAUAUUCUUGGAGUUUGUUCCGGGCAGCCACCAAUAUCUCCUUACAGCUCUUUCUGCGUGGUGGAAUCUAAGCCAGUUGAUUGUGUCCUUGAUUGCAUGGGUCUUCUUAGCCAACUUUAGCUGUCCCACAGACGCAACACCGGAGACUUGCCCGCGUCGCAACAACAUGGGAUGGAGAUAUACUAUGAUUACCCUUGGUGCUCUUGCACUGGCAUUUACCUUUAUCCGAAUAUUCGUCUUUAAAUUGCCCGAAACACCAAGGUUUCUUCUAUCUCAAGGAAGAGAUCAAGAGGCGGUUGAUGCUGUGAACCAUGUCGCUCGACAAAAUGGCAAACCGGAGCCUUUGACCAUCGGGAUGCUCCACGAGAUUGACGCCCGGCUGGGUACUCCUAAUGAAAAUUGUAAUCGACCUGGCCUUUCAACCAGAGAGAUCAUCUCGGAGAAUAUGCAGGCCUUCAGGGGCGAGCAUUAUCGAGCUCUGUUUGCGACCAGCAAGCUAUCCAGACAUACUGUCAUUAUAUGGGGCAUUUGGUUGACAGUCGGCAUCGGAUACCCUCUGUACUUCAAUUUUCUCCCGUCAUACUUAGCCACCAAAUUCACCCAAGACUCAUCACUUUAUCUGACAUAUCGCAACUACUGUAUCACCUCGGCUGUCGGUAUUGUGGGUCCACUGUCUGCAGCGGUCGCGGUGAAUACACGGUUGGGUCGCCGCUAUAUGAUGGGAAUCUCCGCGAUAGUGACGGCUGUAUUUCUCUUUGCCUAUGUGGGAGUCAACAACUCCGCCGCCAGCCUCGCGUUCUCAUGUGUGACAAGUCUGCUGGCGAAUUUUGAAUAUGCUAUCAUGUACGCCUUUACUCCCGAGUCCUUCCCAGCUCCUCAUCGAGGCACCGGAACUGGCACCGCAGCGGCACUCCUUCGAUUGGGUGGCCUGGUCGCGAGUCUUAUUUCAUCCCAAACUGGAUUUACCAGUGCUCCGAUAUAUGUCAGCGCCGCUCUCUGGGUGGUUGUUGGACUUUGUUGCAUUGGUCUGCCCUUUGAGACUCAUGGCCACGAUGCAUUGUAA